AUGGACUCUGCAAUGUUGAACUUAAUGACAGAGGAGCAUACUCUUGGAAAUUUUGUGAAUGGAAGUUUUACCCCGUUGGCAUGGAAUAGGAUGGUUCAUGACUUCAACCAGAGAACCAAUUUAAGUUUUACCAAAGUCCAUUUACAAAAUCGAUUGAAAGUUUUGAAACGUCAGUAUCUAACCUAUCAAACUUUGGCCAACAAAAGCGGAUGGGGGUGGGACUGCACACGCAACAUUCCAACAGCCGGUGACCCAAGUGAUUGGGAAGCAGUCAUAGCAGAAAAUCCGGCAUAUGCGAAAUGUAGGGACAAGGCAUUUCCUGCAUAUCAAGCUAUUGAGUUCUUAUCUGGAAAGGCAACUGCAACUGGAAAACAUGGGUUUACUUCCAUGAUGGAUAUCGACGAUGUUCGCAGCACGUCCUCGUCCUCACCGGCUACACAAAAACUUGACAUGGAGAGCUUAGGAAAGAAUUUGGAAGAUAUUAAUGAUGCAAAUUCAACUUCUCCAACCCCUACUCCA